CAGUCCAGACUCUGGCCGCCCAAAGUCACGCGACGUGACGCCACCGCGCGUUCCCGCGGCCGCGGGCGGAGUUUUUCCACGCGCACCGCGUCGGUAUUAGUUUAGUUAGUACCACUGUGUCCGAGACGGACUCGCGAACGAGCCAGGAAAUUCACCGCGCUGCUCCCUCCCAUCCGCCGCGGCGUGCACGUCCCCUCCUCCUCUUCCAGCUCCGGCUACGGCGAGCCGCCCCGGAGGCCGGAGCCACCGUCCUUCGGCGUGAUCCAGACCGACAGCCUCGAUGACGGUUGAUCAUCCCCUCCCCUCCAAUCCAUGCGACGGUCCAGACCCGAAGCACGAAUGCUCGCCUCCUCCGGUUCUCGCUCCCCCGUCGUUGCUUGACCCAGCACCACCUCCUUCCUCCUCUGCGGCCUCGCACGGCAGGGGCACCUUCGUCACCGCUCUCAUCAUCGCCGGCUCGGUGCUAGCCUUCCUCGCCCUCUGCCUCUCCCUCAUCCUCUUGGUCCGCCGCAGGAGGCAGCGGCGGCGGCGGCAGCGAGAGGCGCUUCUGGAGGCCGCCCUGGCCCCAGCGGCGGCGCCGCCCGCCGCACCCCCCGGCGACGGCGCCGGCCUCAACCCCGCGGAUGAGGAAGUCGUGCACCACGCGUGGCACAUCCGGACCGUCGGGCUCGAUGAGGCGGCGAUCGAGUCCAUCGCGCUCACGCGGUACCGCGCCGGCGGCGCGCUCGGCGCCUCCGACUGCACCGUCUGCCUCGGCGAGUUCCAGGACGGCGAGCUCCUUCGGCUGCUCCCCAAGUGCGCCCACGCGUUCCACGUCCAGUGCAUCGACACCUGGCUCCGCGCCCACGUCAACUGCCCGCUCUGCCGCGCCAACGUGACGGACCCCGCCGCCGAGCAACCCGACCCAACGCCUCCCGGCGCCGGCGCCGGCGCCGAGCAAGAAGAACAAGACGCGGGGAACAUCGGAGCCCCGGAACACGAGCAGCCGGGUCGGCACGCGGACGAGCAGCGUGCCCAACUCGAUCAGCGCGACCAGCCGAGCAUCCCGUCGGAGCUACCGCGCCAGCGCCCCGGUCCACGGGGGCGCAGCUUCCGGCGCGUGGCUUCCAUGGACUCGCCGUCGCCGGUAGCGUCAGCCGAGGAGGCCCCUGAAGACGAGCAGGCCGGUGGCGAGAAGCAGGGGACAGAGGGUGCUGUUUGCUGCGAGGCGUCAGCAGGAUCCGACCGUCUGAACCGCGCCGCCAUGAAGAGGUCACUGUCCGCCGGCAGCCGGUGGACGCUGCUCUCGCGGCAUCGCCGCGCGCGCACCUCUCUUCUGCCAGUGUGACGGCGCGGGGAUCUGCGGCCGUGCUCUGCGUAAUGGUGGAACUUUUGCCUGUCCCACCCAGAUCACGCUUGUUCUUGAAUACUCGUAGUCGUAGUCAUGAUCAGCACAGCUUGCAAGUUCAGAGCAGAGGGUUGGCUGCACUUGUUGGAUUGAUCUCCACCAGUUGCGGCCAACUGGGCCCUUGACUCGCGUCCUGAUCGGGGACGCCCAGACCAACAUGGUUGGUGGGCCCCGUCGUGCAGCCUAUAAAGAGGAGGUGGGGACUGACGGCUCAGUAUACGAGGUUCGCCGCCACCUAGUUUCACCACCGAAAACCUAGUCGCGACCCGAUCUUCGCGAGGCGCUGAAGCGGCGGGAAGCCCUACCGCCGCCGCCCCUGCACAGCAACGUCGCCGUCCGCGACCUCUUCUCCAACUACGGCGCCACCUUGUCAACCUCUACGGCAGCGCCAUGGAUCAUGCGAGUGUGACCAGAGGAAGGUUUUUGUCCACAGAAAGUGAGUUAACCCAAUCGAUCUACUCCUAGACGAUCCAAAGUAUCUAACAUUGGCAUCAGAGCCGAUCUAGAGUGUAGAUCGAGAUGGGGAAAGUGUGGAUUCGUCCGCGAAUCGAAAGGAAUCAAAGAAACGAAAGCCAAAUCGAUCUCAAAUCGAAAAAGAAAUUCCAACCCUAA